AUGUAUGAUCUCUUUGAAACCGAAAACUUUGUUGGAACUUUCGUCGGGCUUAAACCAGUGCUUAUAAUAAAAAAUCCAGAAGAUAUUAAAACAGUGCUGCAAAGUGAUUUUCAAACUUUUCAUAGCCGUGGGUUCAAGACAAAUCCUAAAGAUGAUUUAGCACAAAAUUUGUUGCUAAUCGAUAACUACACAAAGUGGAGGCUUAUAAGGCAGAAAAUUUCCCCAACUUUUACAUCAAAGAAGUUGAAAAAUAUGUACAAUAUCUUAGAACGAUCUUCAUCAGAUUUCGUCAAAUAUAUUAAAAGGAAUCCUUAUAUGAAAGACAAACCUUAUGAAGCAUUACAUAAAUUCACGUCAGCGUCGAUCAGUGCAUCAGUGUUUGGAAUCAAUCCGAAUACCAAAAACCUCAUAGAGUCGCCAUACGUAGAUAUUAUUUGGAAUGUUGCAGAUUCGUUUGCAUCAUUCAAUUUUAAAUUAGCACUUGCAAAUAUAUUUCCUAAACUACACAACUUUUUUAAUCUUAAAGUCUUCGGUGCCCAAAAAGAUGUUGUAGUGGAUGCGAUCAAAAAUAUUUUGAAGUAUCGGAGAAAUAUGAAGGAAAAAUGCCAUGAUUUUAUCGAUACAUGCAUGGAGAUGGAAAAUGAAGGCAUUAUAAAAGACAACCUUACCCAAUACAAGUUAAAAGUUACUCCAGAAUUUUUAGGAGCUCAAGCAUACUCUCUCUUUUUUGCCGGAGUUGACACAGUUGCAAACUCAAUGCACUUUACAUUAUUAGAGUUGUCAAAUAACUCUGAAAUAUUAAAAAAGGUCCAUGAUGAAAUUGAUUAUGUAUUUGAUAAUUGUGACGGAUGCAUUUCGUUUAAGGAUAUUAUAAAUUUGAAAUAUUUGGAAAUGGUUAUAAGCGAAUCUUUAAGAAAAUAUCCUCCAAUUGGAUUAAUGCAACGAGUAUGUGCUAAUGACACGUUUUUAUCCAAUAAUGUAAAAAUAGAUAAGGGUGGUAUAGUGGUUGUUCCUAUUUAUGGAAUACAUCGAGAUCCAAGGUAUUUCCCUAAUCCAGACAAGUUCGAUCCCGAAAGAUUCUCACCCCAAAAUCGUAUGAAUAUGGCUAAAUAUUGUUACAUGCCAUUUGGUGAAGGAAAUCGGAUGUGUAUAGGAGCAAGAUUUGCAAUGAUUCAAAUGAAAAGUGGACUUGCAUGGCUUCUCAAACAUUAUACUUUAAGGGGAUAUAACUACAUGCCAAAUUGUUUCGAGCCAAGUCUCUUUGUUAUUCGAGAUUCUAAAGCACGAUACGAUUUAAUGGCUAGAAACGAAAAUAAGCAAUCUAAUUAUAUCAAAGCAGCUUCUGAAGGAGCUUGCGGGUAUAAGACGGUAGAAUGCAAACUGCAUAUGACAGUCGCUGCAAUACGAGCAUUGCAAGAGUCUUAA